AUGCAGAUUCAGAUUAAGACACUCACGGGUCGAAAGCAGACGUUCAACUUCGAGCCGGACAACACGAUAUUACACGUGAAACAGGCAUUACAGGAAAAGGAAGGCAUUCAGGUGGACCAAAUUCGUCUCAUUUACAGCGGCAAACAGCUAGCGGACGAUAAGACGCUGCAAGAUUACAAUGUGGCAGCGGGUGGUACUAUCCACAUGGUGCUGCAGCUCCGGGGUGGAUGCUAG